AAUAAAGGGUAAAUCUUAAAAAGAGUUCAUGUGUUAAUACUAAUAGUAUAGAGAGAGUUGCCCAAAAAAAUACAAUGAGUACGUUGACUACAAAUACAAAUGGAAUGGAACUGAUGGUCACCGUCACUAGUUUCUUCAAUAAAGUCUACUUAAUUGGAAUAUAUAUUUUCUUCUGGUAUCCAAAAAGAAAACUAUAUAAAGCUCAAAGAUUGAAAGAGUGAGACAGAGAGGGAAAGGAGACAAGAAGGUUUCUUGAUACUCAAGAAGAAGCGCGAGAGAGAGAGAAUCCUUUUCUGUUCCUUCUUCUUGCAUGCGACUGUGAAACAAAGAAAGAAAGCUCUGACAAGUUUCGACAAAAAUGGCGGCGAAAGAGGAAGACGGCAACGUAAACGCCGAUGGUAAUCUGGCGGAAGCGGGAGAGAUGGAUGAGCUGUUGCAGGCAAUAUCGGACGUUCUUCGUUCUCUAGCUCCUCUUGUUCAUGAAGAUGAGAGCAACCCAGGCGAGAAGAAAGAGACCACGGACACGUCAGAUUCUUGCUCUCUAGGAGUUGAUAGAAGCAUCCAGAAUAUUAGUAGUGAUCAAGAGACGAGUAAUGAGCAAGGAACCAGUACUAAUCAACUAUUGGCUGUUUCAUCUACUACUGAUAAUGUGCCUGUAACCUCGGUUGAAGCAACAACAUCUCAGCCAUCUUCUAGUGACAUAACAAAUGUUGAAACCAAGAGUGUGCCAGUAAAUUCAGGUGAAGACGAGAUGAUUUCCUCUUUUGGGGCGCCAAAAAUGGCUGGUGCUUUGAAGACGAGAUAUGAGUAUAUCAAAGAGACUGUAACUAAAGCUCCUGUCAAGAAUGAACGUCGCUUGCCUGAUGAUGAAGACGUUACUAAUUCAAUUGAUUACACAUCUAGUGAGUAUGAUGAAACAAGAGAUCGACUUAAAAUGCCUAUAGAGAAUGAUGACUCAAAAGAGCUGAGCAAAAUAGAUCCCUCCUCCUCGGACCAUCUUGAAGCAGAACAUGUGCAGUAUGGAACUCAUGAGCCGGUGAAUCAGCCAAUGCCUGCAAGACAAACCAUUACUACUACUGCAUCUUCACCUGGUCGUAGCCUAUCCGUUCCCAUGACCAAGGCAUUUAUAACAUCCACUGACUUUGUACCAAAGAGGAACCAACAAGCCAUGAACCUACUACCACAGACACAGAGGAACCCACAAGCCAUAAACCCUCAUUACUCUCAGUUGCAAGUUCCUUCAGGGCAGUAUGGUAAUAUCACGAGACCUCCUUACUUGCCACCAUCAGCAGUACUACCAUUUCAGAAACAUGGUGGUAGUAACAUGGCGCAUUAUGGUAAUAUCACGAACUCUCCUUACUGGCGACCAGAACAGAACGAUAUCUACAACAUGCCUCCUCAGUCAGCAGCAGCAUUUCAGCAACAUGGUCGUAGUAACAUGGCGCAUUAUGGUAAUAUCACGAACUCUCCUUACUGGCGGCCAGAACAGCACGGCAGCUACAACAUGCCUCAGUACUCAGCUGCCUCUAUGGUUCCUUCUGUUUAUGGUUCUGCUAACCCCUUUGGCACGUGGAGUGAUAAUAACCCAGCAAAUUCGAGGUUUGGGUAUGAAGGUGGUGACUCGAGCAACUACUUGCCAUCAAUUCAGCCGCAUCAGAGUGGAGAUUCAAAUGCGUGGCGACCUAAUUCCAGCCACAGCCCAGAAGAACAGCAAAUUUGGAAUGAUAUCUAUGCAUCUCUGGACCAACAAAACGAUAGGAGUGAUCCAUCUGACCAAACCCAACAACGGUCAAGGCCAAGAGACAACUAGAGUAGUCAAAAAUCAACCAUAUCAGAACUAAUGACUUUCUUUAGAUGGCUUUAAGCUACUUUGUUUGUGCCUUCGAAAAUACUCUGAUAACGUUUUGUGGAUAUACUACGUUCUAUGCUUCUUUUUUGUUAAUACUAGGUUCAUCAAAUAUUCAAGAUAUACAUUACGAUAAAUCAUUUUUUUUUAAAUCACUUGUUUUAUCUGAUGAAACUGUCAAUAGAAAUAUUCUUUAUGAUUGAUUGUUUCUCAAAAUGAGUAAGGUGUCAAAUGAUAUUAUAGAAAAAGGUGUAAGAAAUGCUCAAAUCGCCGAAACCACGUAAUCUGGGACGGCGAAAACGACACGUCGUGCCGUUUGUCACUCGCACCUAGAAAGUGACAAGGUGUCGCUGAGAGCUGACAAACAAAGUUGACCCUUCAAUUAAUUUAUAUGAUAUGCACUAACUUGGUAUAUAUUUCCAUAGUUUAUACCAGGGGUGGGCACUUUACCUGAUACCCGAAGCCGCACCCAAACCCGACCCAAAAAAUCCGAAUCGAAGUAGCAAAAUACCCGAACGGGUAUUAAUUUAGGAGAGAUUGGAUAUCCGAACCCGAACGGGUAAUAUCUGAACCCGAAUGGAUAUCCGAAGAUAACCGAACAUAUAUAUACUUACCUUUAUAUUUCUAAUUUACAUCUCUUAUUUUUUUUAAAUAUUUAUAUUGAUGUUACACAAGAUCAAAGUAUAUAUAUAUAAUUAUAGAGAAAAUAAUUUGAUAUUCAAUUUAAAAUGGUCAAAAUUUUUGUUUUAUGUAUUAACAAAAGUUACAUUCAAAGUUUAAAAACAAUACCCAAAUUAAUAUCUAUUUGUUAUUGAAAUAUUAUCUCCAAACCUAUUAAUCAUCCAAUCUAUAAAAAUAAAAAAUCAGUUAAGUGAAAUCUAUAUUUUUAAAUACAAGAAACUUAAAAAAUGAAAAAAAUAAUUUUUUUUCUUUUAAAAUCUAAAUAUCCGAACCCGAUUCAAAAUAACCGAACCCGAAUUAAAAAUACCCGAACCCGAUCCAAAAUACAGAAAUAUCCGAACGGAUUCUCUAUCUCUACACCGAAAUACCCGAUCCGAACCCGAACGGGUAUCCGGACGUCCACCCCAAGUUUAUACGUUUUGACCCC